UUUUGAAAAGCAUGCUCGUAAGUGUGUUGAUCCGCUAACUUCAUUUACAGCGGGAACUGGGUGAAAAGCUACUAACGAUGCCAUUGUGAUUGGCUCAAAUUGACAAUUCCAGUUUAAUUCCUGAAAGACGGACGUUUUAACACGAUGGUGUUUAAACUGUGUCAAACGCCAAUUAAACGUUCUGGUGUUGUUAGCUAUCCUGGAAAGUGGUAUGAGUCGACUGCAGCAGUUCAGGACAAAGUUGAUCGUUUUUUACCUGCAUCACUAGACAGGUGGAGAAUAGUAACAGAUGUCGACGAAUUAGCAGGCUUCCAACGAGCCGUCAUCACAUUUCCAAGCAACUUUGUUCAGUUUCCUUCAGGAGGAAGACGCGCGAGGAGAAAUCAGCUGUCUCCGUCACGUUUCUCAGUACGAGAGCUCAGUACCUCCACCAGAACCCUCCAGUACGACAUGAAACCGGACAUACCCAAGGCUCAGGGCCGGAAGCUCUUUUUUGACACCCACGCAGUAGUUCGGCUCUUUGAAGAGAACGGGUUCUCCACUCAACAAGCUGAAGUGAUGGUGAACGUGCUGAUGAGGACCACAAACUCAAAUAUGGAUGUGGUUUAUAGUGACAUGGUCACCAAGGUGCAUCAGGAGAUCAUGCUGCAGCGAGUGAUGUCCCAAAUUGCAGCAGUGAAGAAGGACAUGAUUAUCCUGGAGAAGAGCGAGUUCUCUGCUCUGCUGGCAGAGAACGAGAAACUAAAGAUCCAGUUGUUAGAACUCAAUGAGCAACUUGCUGAUGUGAUCAAAAAGGUUCACUCUGACAAUAUGUUGGACAUGAAUUUGGAGAAAAGCCGCGUAAAAGAACUAAAAGCAGAGCACGACAAGCAGCUUUUAGAGACUCGGACUGAGAUCAUGGAAAUGACAGCAGAGCAGGACCGGCAUUUCACUGAGACAAACAUGAAAAUUGACACUGAAGUUGCUGGUCUGAAAACCAUGCUGGAGUCUCACAAACUGGAUACAAUCAAAUAUCUUGCAGGUUCAGUAUUCACGGGUCUCACUGUGGUCUUGGGUUUCUACAGAGUUUGGAUGUAAAAGUGUCCUGUGUAACUUUUUUAUGACCUUUUCUUUGAAACCUUCAAGUUCAAAAGUAUUCAGAGUAAAUUUUGUUUUUUUUUCCUCAAAGGGUUAUAGCAGCUGCCUAAAGGCCAAAAUUAAAUAAAACGUUAGGCAGGUUUUAAAUAUAUUUUGCUAUCUUUUACAAACAUAAGUGCUAUGCAUUGCUUAUCAGUAAAAACAAACUUUUAUUUGAUAAUUUUUCAAUAUUUUGACAUGUUUAUUGAAGAAUCUUUGCCUUGGGUAAAGCUGUAUGAAACUGAAAUGGAUUAGUUUCUUUACUGCAUGAAAAAGAAACACAUAAACGUAAUACUUGAGUAUUUUUCCUACAUGCUUUCAGAAUAGAUUUUUACAUUUAUUUGUUUUUUAAUUGAAUGGAAAAAUAUUUUGAAUCAAUAAAUACUCUUUAAAAAAUA